AUGACUGAUUCAAUUGUAAAAUUUCCUACAAUAAAAACAUUAAAAAAUACUGUUGGUAAACAACGUCGACUAAUUAGACCACCAUUACCAAAAUCUAUCAAAGAUUUACCUUCUCAAAUACCAAUACUAUAUACACUCACUAAAAAUAAUGCAAAUUUCCUUUUAUUUGAUGGGUGUUUAGGUGGAAAAAGAGGUUUGAUAUUCGCAUCUGAAGAUGAUAUUAAAUAUUUGGCAUAUCAAAAAUUUUGGUAUGCUGAUGGAACGUUUUACACAUCCCCCUCAAUCUUUUAUCAGAUCUAUAGUAUACACGCCUUCGAUGAAGCAUUAUCAAGUCCAUUUGUGUAUGCACUUCUUAGUGAUAAAUCAGAAGCAACAUACUAUGAUUUAUUUUCAACAUUGAUGAAGAAAAUAAUCGAAAUAUCAAAUAUGAUUCGACUUGAAUCUAUUACCAUUGAUUUUGAACUUGCCGUAAAAAAUACAUUUUGUAAACAUUUUCCACAUGUUACAGUAAGAAAAUAUUUUUUUAAAAUCUAGUUGUUUUGAAUCUUGCUGCACAGAACAUUCACUUCCGGUAAUUUCAUCCCUUGAAAUGCUUCAAUACCAAAAUUGCAUAGGAUGUUAAAAAGGUUCUGAGAAUUAUUAAUAUUUCGUCAAUAAGAAGUACAUUGUCUUUACUUAUCUAUACCAAGCUUUAUGAUACGUUAUAGUAAAAUUCAAUGGCAAGCUAAAUUAUCUUUUGAAGAAUGUUUUUAUAUUCAUCGAUAUAUAUCAAACAGAUUCGUCUUCUAUUAUUAGAUCAAAUUUGUUGGAUACAAAUAGAUUACGAAUGUAGUAGAAUAAGCGAUCUUCUCAGUAUUUUAUCUCUAACGUUUUUGUUUCAUCGAAAAGAGAUAAAUUUAUCAUAGUCAGAUGGACUGCAUAAUUCACCACAAUGUGACUUAUUUUAUCUUGGUUAAAUACCGUUUACCAUACUUUAGAUCGAAAUGGUUUCAGUUACACA